AAUCUACAAAAUACCAAUUCUAUAGUCUGAAUAAAGAAAACAAUUAUUUUACAAGAAAGAAAAAAAAAAACAUUUUAAUCCAUGUAGGUUGAUGAAUAUGGACAAGUAACUAUCUGAGUUUAGAAAUUAAAGUAGAACACCAUUGGCUACUUUCGAUUCAAUAUUUUCCACAAUAGUAUUGAUCCUUGUUUUCACAGUUAACUUUUCCCCUUGACAUUUACGUACAUGAAUGAUUUUCCGGAUUCUCUCCCCAAUACUUGCUCCUUUUUCACUUUCUAUUUCAUUUUCUCACAGAGGUAUUGAUCCUUAUUCUUUAUAUUUAACUUUCCCCCUAAUAUUUAUAGGCCUUUUCUGUAAGAGCACAGGGACUGAAUUUUUUCUUUCGGAAACCCUCCCUCUUUGGAUAUUAGUCCAGCCAUGGCAGAAAGAAACGAAGAGCAAGACGAUGUCCAUAACAAGAGGGAUUUGAAAGAAGAAAAGAACAGAGCAAGAUUCUCGCACCGAUACUACUCGAAAAGUACUCGCCGCUCUGUUUGCGCAUGCAUCUCCAUCUUCCUCCUCAUAAUUGGUGUCGUGGCUCUCACUCUGUGGCUUGUCUACCGCCCCAUUGAUCCUCAAUUCACGGUGGUUGGAGCCGCAAUAUAUGACCUCAACAUGUCAUCUCUGCCGCUGCUGUCUACAACCAUGCAAUUCACAAUCGUUACGAGGAACCCCAACAGGCGAGUUUCCAUUUAUUAUGACAGACUGACUAUCUUUGUGUCGUAUAGGAACCAGCAGAUAACGUCGCAGGUGAUAUUGCCUCCGCUGGCUCACGAAAAGCGAAGCACAGUUGCGAUGUCUCCAGUACUAGGUGGUGGGGCGGUGGCAGUGUCGUUGGAGGUGGCAAAUGGGUUGGUAACGGAUCAAACAAUUGGAGUUCUAGGGUUGAGAGUAGUGUUGUUGGGUAGACUAAGAUGGAAAGCUGGGCCACUAAAGACUGGACGUUAUGCAGUAUAUGUAAAAUGUGAUGUGUUGAUGGGUGUGAAAAGAGGCUUGGUGGGUCAACUUCCUAUGCUUGCUUCUCCCCCUUGCAAAGUUGAUAUCUAGUUUUUCAUUAUUGAUUACCAAUAAUUGCUUACCCUAUCUUCUCCCAAAUGUUAAUGUAAAUAUCAAAUUAAAUUUCCUAGAUUAAGUUUUUGGGUCUGGUCAAAGCA